UUUUCACUGUAGAAAGCUGUUGAAUACUUGUAUAUAAUGAUUGUUUGGCUUUUCGCUUCGUUCAUGGUUUAAUAAUUACUUCUGCAUUAAAUAUAGCAAAGAAAGUUCUAAUACUGGUUUAUAUUGGGUGAGAAAUUUUUAGGAUUGUGGUGAAUGCUGCCCCCAACCUUUGAUGUUUUAGUGGUUACUAAAAAAUAAAAGUAACCUGAUGCUGUGUAACUGAUCAGGUGUUUUUAAAAAUUAAAACAACCCUGUACAUGUGGUAAGAAGUAAAGGGCAGAGCGCACCACAUGGCCUUUUCUUUCUGGUUGCAAAAGUAAUGUUUUUUCAUUGCAUAUACUUUGAAAACUAAGAAAAGCUCAAGGAUGAAAACUGAAAUCAGCUGUAACUGUGUUAUUCAGAGAUGACGCUAAUGAAUGUUUUGAUUUGUAGCUUUCCUGUCUUUUUUAUGCAUAUGUGCGUAUACUGCAAAUCAGUGGGCUUGUUCUGUACUUAAACUGUUUUGUUCCUUGCUUGCUUCAUUUAAUCAUAUGUAAGACAUUAAUAACAUAUUGGCAGGUAAGUGAUGAAGAAAAGAGGAUUAGAUGGCCUAGGGCCACAUUGUUGCUCUGUCUUGUAUGAUCAAGGACUAUUUACUUAACGUCUCUAAGUCUCAGUUUUUCCUUUGUAUAGCUUAGAUGAUAAUGGAAAUCUCCUGAGGGUUCAGUGAUAGUUCCUAUAAGCUGAUAGCCCAGUGUGUAUCUGAUAGGUGUCCACUGUUUUCAAGGAGGAGCUUUUUAGUCUCUGUAGUACUUAGUGGACACUGCAGUUGAAUUUGUGGAGGCUUGUUUACUAAAAGUCUGAACUAGUUUGCUUAUUAGAAACAAAAUUGUCUUCUAGAUGCUAUUUGACAAGCUGUCCAGUAAUCAAAAAUUCCAUUUCAUGUAGGGAAUCACUAAAAAAUAAUAUAUACCCCCCCUUAAAUAUUUGAAUUUAACUCAAAAUAUUAAUACACUAAGUCGUCAGUAGUUUGGUGUAGGCUUUAAGUACUGGUCCACUGAUUUCAGCUGCAUCCUCUUGCAUGAUGGCUUUCGCAAAGCACGAUCUACUGUUGUCACUCUGGGUUUCUUUUAAGUGUGAUGAGAACCUAAAGGUGUAUGAAGCAAUGUGCUUCUGAAGUUUUGCCUUCAGUUUUGUACAGUGGACACCCCCUAAUCUGAUAAGAACCUUCCCAGGGACUUUCCUUUGUUGGAUUUUUCGAACUGUUCAGCUUGGUUUUCAUUGAAACUCAUUAUACCAGUUUAUGUAUCAUUUCAUUAAAUUACCCAGUAUAGCUGGAAUCGAAUGGGUUGGUGAACAAAUGCAACUGAUGGUUGGUAAGGGCGAAGCUCUGCAGUGUACCUGUGUAUUAGGGAGUGGCCUAAAAUCUAGGCAUGGGCCUUGGUCAGUAUACGUUUGGGAUGGAGAGGCUUGGUUGACCUAGUAGUUCGUUUAAGUGGAGAUUGGUGAGAAAACUGCUUUUUCCAAGGUGAAGGCAAUGAUGUGAUCUCAGUCUUUAAUUAAGGAGAUGUGAAUGGACCAGCAUUCUGUGUUCUGAACCCCUCUUGGGACACUGGUGAUAUGUUUGUUGUCACUUAGAAAAUGUGCCUAAUUUUUUUUUAAUCAAAUAGCGUGCCUGUGAGACAGCUUGCUAAGAAAGGGUAUGAUGCAUGUGUGAUUGAAGAUCAGCAAAAUUACCUACUCAUAUACAAAGAUUAAACCUGUUACCUUUACUUCACUAAUGUGGAAUUUAUCCAGCUGAACUAAUCACCAGUGGAGCGAAGGUAUGGCCUUUCUGUUUUCCAUUCAGUAACUUAACAGAUAAUUUGUUGAACUCUCUCCCCAAAAUAACAUUCUGAGAAAGAAUGGCCAUGUCCAUAGCCCAAAGUGAGUAGUUGGAUUAAUGGUCCAUUACUUAUUUUCAAAUUAAUAUCCUCAGGAGGUGUUCAUUGGACCAGAUGUCAAAGGCCCACUCGUUUUAUGUGAGAGAGAGGAUAGAUCAAAAUUCUCCUUGCCCAGGUUUUUUGCCUGGCUUCUUCCUGAGCCGCUUUCUCUGCAGCCUGUUUUGCUCCCAGUCAGGGUUUGCCAAUGCUCUGUGCAAUGCUCCCAGUCAGGGUUUGCCAUGCUCCGCCUCCUGCCAUGGUGAUGACAACUCAGUUUGUAUUCUGUAGUUGAAAAACCUGUGUAUAGUACAGAACCUCACUUGACCCUCCCAACAACUAUAGGGUAGAUGUUAUCUGCAUGUAAAAAAGAAACUGAAUCUCAGAGAGGGUAAGUAACUCACCCAGAUUGCACAGUAAGUAACGGAGAAGACAAACAUGAGUCCUGCUCUUGAGUUAAGGUCUCCUGUUCCUCCACUGUUAUCCUAGGUAUGUAGAUGAGAAGUUUCUUUUAAAUGUUGUUAGAAAGUUUGAAUUAGGAAUUUCCAUUGCCUAGUUUGUGUGAUAUGAUGAUCGAAAGUCUCUGUAUGUUCCACUGUGCUACACUCUUAGAGGUACCUGGAUAAUUUUUUGUAAUGGAGACAAAACCUUUUAUUCUUAGAAUAAAAUUGUAGGGCUGGGCGCAGUGGCUCAUGCCUGAAAUCCUAGCACUGUAGGAGGCCGAGGCACGUGGAUUGCUUGAGCUCACAGGUUUGAGACCAGCCUGAGCCAGAGCAAGACCCCAUCUCUAAAAAUAGCUGGGUACCUGUAGUCCCAGCUACUUGGGAUAUUGAGGCACGAGAAUUGCUCGAGCCCAAGCGUUUUAGGUUGCUGUGAGCUGUGACUCCACAGCACUCAACCCCAGGGCAAUUGAGUGAGACUCUGCCUCAAAAAAAAAAAAAAAAGAAGAAUAAAAUUGUAGAUCAUUGAUAAUAUUAAUCAGUUCUAGUUCUUAUAAGGUGCUUGUCAGGAUUCAGUGACAUAAUGCAUUUAAAGUAUGUUGCCUGACAUAGUAGGCAUUCAGUUAAGGUAGCUGUUUUCAGCAGUUAUGAUUAUUUGCCUAUGUUAAUAUUUUUUGUUUGAAGAUUGAGCUCUUAAGCUUGUGUGAGAGAGGAGAAAGAAAGAAAAUGAAAGGAAGGAAUUGUAGGUGGCUAAAUGUCAUGUCAUUACCUUACCUUCUGGUUUAUCCAGAAAUUCAAUCAAUGAAUUUGGUAAUAGACUUGCAACAAAAAGAUAGCUAAGGUUUUAAUGAGAAGCCUUUAUAAUACAGAAAAGCUGUAUGUAAAUUUAUUUUUGAUGCAUGCAAACAUAUCUUGAAAAUACCAGCAGAGUUUACUUAAUGAUUCCUACUUUGCAUUGUUUAAUAAAAAUGACCCUAUAUAUAUAUAUAUAAUUUUUCUUUCCCACCAUCUAUUUUAUAAUUAAUCUGCCUGUUUGGGGGAAGAUUGAUGUAAGAAAUGCAAUUCUUUUGUGUGUACAUAUUUUUUAAAUUAAUAAACUUAGCUCUAAGUGGAUUAUUUUGUGUUUACCUUUACUUUUGAAUGUGCAUGAUUUGUAAUUGUUAAUGAACUAAAUUCCCAGAUAUUCUGAACAUUGCCAUCACUUUGGAUAGCCACAACUUUUUCAGACUAGUAGAGCAUGAUUUACUUUAUUGCUUUAUAUUACCUGAGACUGCAUUUGCAUAUUAUAAGAAAGUCAUUUUUUAAAAAAGAAACCAAGAUGCAUCCUUUUGUUCCAUGGACUAUAAUGGUCUGUCAGUUGAGGUCCUUCCACCUUACCCCCAUUCCAGGAAAGUGGUCUUUAGCUUGUUUGGAUAGAUUAUUGUUUUAAAUUUUGCUAAUACCAUAGUAUUCACUGUAAAAUUCUCUGUACAAACUGAGUUUUGAAUAAAGAGGAGGCAACAGGUGGCGCCUGUGGCUCAAAGGAGUACGGCACCGGUCCCGUAUACCAAAGGUGGCGGGUUCAAACCCAGCCUCGUCCGGAAGAAAAAAAAAAAAAAGGAGGCAACAGACUUUGUUGUUUAACUUUUCCUGUGGCAGGAGGUAGAGUCAUAGACUGGUAGAAUUUUAUAGCUGAAAGAUACUUUAGGUACAUAGGUCUCUUCAUUUUGCAGGUCAGGAAACUUCCCAUGAUCAAAGGGCUCAUUGGUAAAAAAGCUGGAUCAGUACAAAGAUCUCCAGUCAGCUGCCUGCUCUAGAGAAAGCUAACUAAAACCUUAACCACUAAAAAGACCUUUGUUAUAGAAGUAGGCAAUGCAUAUUACACAAGUGAAUAACAGAGUGAGUGUGUUGAAAUGGAGCAAAAUAGUUUCAUUUGCGGUGUGUGGAAGUAACAAUGCACGUCGAGUUCUGUCUCUUCAAGAACUGCAACUGGUGGGGGACACUGGCAGUUUGUGAACAAUUCCACCCUCCCCGGAAAGGUGUAAGACGUUUGGUUUCUCUACUUUUAUUCCGAAGAACCGAUUUGCUCAGUGGUAUAAUACCUGAACUCUGUCAGAAAUAUCCAGAUUUAAAUUUUCUAAUUGGAGGAGAGGGACCAAAGAGAAUCAUUUUGGAAGAAGUUCGGGAAAGGUACCAGCUACAUGAGAGGGUGCGUCUUUUGGGAGCUUUAGAACACAAGGAUGUUAGAAAUGUCUUAGUUCAAGGACAUAUUUUUCUUAAUACCUCCCUUACCGAAGCAUUCUGCAUGGCGAUCGUGGAAGCAGCCAGUUGUGGUUUACAGGUUGUAAGUACCAAGGUUGGUGGAAUUCCUGAGGUGCUUCCAGAAAAUCUUAUUAUUUUAUGUGAGCCUUCAGUAAAAUCUUUGUGUGAAGGGUUGGAAAGAGCUAUUUUUCUACUGAAGUCGGGGGCAUUGCCAGCUCCAGGAAAUAUUCAUAACGUAGUAAAGACUUUCUACACCUGGAGGAAUGUUGCGGAAAGAACUGAAAAAGUGUAUGACCGGGUGUCACUGGAAGCUGUGUUGCCAAUGGAGAAACGACUGGACAGACUCAUCUCUCACUGUGGCCCAAUAGCAGGCUAUAUUUUUGCUUUGUUGGCUGUUUUCAACUUUCUCUUCUUCAUUUUCCUGAAAUGGAUGACUCCAGAUUCUAUCAUUGAUGUUGCAAUAGAUGGCACUGGGCCAAGAGGUGCCUGGACCCAUCAUCAAUAUUCUCACAACAAAAGGGGGGGCGACAAUAAUGAAAUAUCUAAAACAAGGUAGAAGAAAGCCUGAAUUGUAAGAUUUGAAGCAUUUGUAAUAAUCCUAUGAAGACUAUUGAAAAUAACCUUGCUUUUUGGAUUUUCAUUUUUUAAAGUUAAUUUAGUAAGUUAUGCUACCUCUAUAUCAUCCAAUGUUUUCUUUUGAGGAAAGAGAAAAACAUAUGCAAUUCCUGAGUGUGGAAACUCCAUGCACUUACUUAAAAUUUAGAAGAGAACAUUUUAGCCACUCAGGUAUGAAAUUUUUCAGACUACUGAAAUCCCUCUAGCAGAGAUGUUUUAACAUUAUAUUUUGAGAGCUUUGGGUGCUGAAGGGCCAAAUGUUUUCUGGGCAUUUUUUGGCCAGUUUUUAAUGUUAUACCAUUAGACAUUACUUAGACACUCACCAGAUGUUUACAAGUUUUCUUUAGGGAAGUACAACUAUAUGAACUAUUUUAAGUCACAUUCAUAUCCAUUUAUUAGAGAUCUAAGUCAUGUUCUUAAACAAUAUUGGGUCCACUCAGUAAGUGUUACGUAUAAUCAACAGGUUUUUUGAGUAAGAUGGAUUAUUAGUUACCAGCACGUUUUGAGCACCUGAUGUGUAUAGAAUGUUGACCCAGGUAUUUCUGCCUGUAAGGACCAGGGGUGUAUUCAUUGUUUGUUUAUCAUUGAAAUGGCUUACUGCAUUAUAGUCAUGGUUGACAUGAAAUGGUAAAAUGUCCAACAUGCCAAAAAUGCUCAGGCUGGUUCAUGCCAGGAAAAAAAAAUCACUGACACACUUCUAGUACUUCCUUGAUCCUGUUGUUUGCGUUUUCCUUGGUAGAACUUAUGCCUUCGAUUGUGUUUAUGAAGAUAUUUUUUGCUUUCAAAUCCUAGGGACCGACAUCACUGUUGAUAGUGCAGAGAAAUCCUCCACAUUUUUCAGUGCAUAAUCUAGUCCUCUGUAAAUGCCUUCGUGUUUUCUGAGCAGAAUAUACGAGGUGUGCCAUCUCAAAACCAGCUGCUACCCUGUCCUUUUGAAUCACUACCCUUCACUGUGGCCUCACUAAUGUCUGAUAAGUAUUGUCAAUAUGCAAAAGGCUUUGCUCUAGAAUGUUUUAUUUAUAGCAAACCAAGUCUGAAAAUUUUAGGAACGCGGUCUCUUUGUGGGUGGAUGUUAACUAUAAUUGUUGCCCAGAGCCAUGGGUUUUUUAACCCCAAAUUAUCCAUAUGGUGUGUAUUAAUUCUUCAAACUAUUCAGAAUAAGUUUUGGUGAGAAAUGGACUGUGAAAUAAGCAAUGAGGCACUCGUGUGCACUAGAUUGAUUCAGUAUUGUGAUUCUGUACAGGAUUUUUUUAAAAUGACAACACUCAAAUCACUUCUUUCUACAAAGUAUCUUAACAUGCCUAUUAACUGGUUGCACUGAUAUAAAAGAAAUAAUAUUUGUGUUUUGUUUGUACUAAAAUACAAAUAUUAGAGUGCAAUUUUUAAAAUCUAGAAGUUAGGGUUCUUUUGUUGGAGAACAGUAGACUGAUCGGAACCAGUCUCAUAGGGAUUUUUAUGCGUAGAAACUCAUGUAUAAAUAUGAAAUAAACAGUGCCAAUAUUAAUGGUAAAAAGAGAACCUAUAACAUUUGAUUUUAUUUAUUCUACUCAGCAGUUUAUAAAGGCACAUUACCAUUCCACUUACAAUUUUUUGCUCCUUUUAUUGCAAAAUUAUCAUUGAAUUCUUAAGUUGUCAUUUAUUUAAGAUUGAAAUAAGAUUUAAAGUUAGUUGCCUUUGCAUGUGAAAUAUGUAAUUUUAAAUCUUUUCCCUUUUUUAAAGAAAUGAAAGUAAACUUGUCUUUCAUAAAUCUUAAUUUUCAGCCUUCCCGGGUACCUUAAUUGUGACUGUCAGUGUUUCACUGAUCAGUAUGUGGAAACACAUUGUUCUACCUUGGUACUUACGAAAAUGAAUUUACAGUGAUGAGGAAUUUCUUAAAAACAUACUGCAUUUCUUCAGAUGUUACAAAAGGUUGCACAUGUAAAACCGAUUUGUUAAAACAUGCUAUGUGUCCCAAAAAUAAAGGCCAGAAUUACAUUUUGAUAAUUUUC